AUGACCGGGCGAGCACCUCCACCGCCCGGUCCACCGCCAGGACCGCCACCUGGGCCGCCUCCGAGGCCGCCAGCACCAGCCCCUCCACGGACAGCACCGCCAGUGCUAUCACCACUACCACCCAAAGAGCACAAGGCCGGCUCUACUUCAGCUGAAAGUACCGCCGAUCGUGGUGCAGCAACCUCAGCUCUACUCGAGAGCUCCGGAAAUGCCGGCAACGGCUUGCAACAGAGUGCAUCGAUUACUUUCAACAACACAGCAGACGACAAGAGAGCGUUCGCACUCGAACGCACAUCUUUGCUACAACAGCUCGAAAUCGAUCGUAUCCUCAGCGCAUUCCGUUUGAAUCCUUACGACGUGCUCGAAGUGCCACUAGAGGCAGACGACAAGGAGAUCAACAAGAUCUAUCGCAAAAAGUCGCUGCUCAUCCAUCCGGACAAAGUGAAGCAUGAAAGAGCCGUGGAAGCAUUCGACCUGCUCAAAAAAGCGUCGUCGCAUCUUCUCGACGAAGAAAAGCGUAAAGCGCUGGACGAGACCGUGAUGGAUGCCCGACUGAUGGUGCUCAAGGAACUGAACCUGCCCUUUGCUACGCCUUACGAUGACGCGCGUCUUGCGAAUCUCAGCCCCAGCUGGGACGACCGCGUGCGCAGCGCGACCAAGGAGCUCAUGGUCGACGACGAGCUGCGCCGAAGGAAGGCGAUCCGCGUCCAGCACCAAGCAGAGGGGGAGGUGCAGAGGAAGAAAGAGCAAGCGGUUGAGGAGCGGAAGCGCAAAGUGGAGCACGAUGCUGCUUGGGAGCAAACGCGCGAUCAUCGUGUCGCUGAUUGGAGGGCCUUUCAGAAGGGCAGCAAGAAGAAGAAAAAGUCGGACCCCAACGUUCUUGGCUGA